AUGGAGGCGCCUUUGAUAACCGAGGAGAGUAGCAAUCGCGGCUUCGAAGAAGAAGGCGGCGUCGGUGGCAGCGUAGUCCGGCGCUGGAAGGACUACCAUAAGAGAUCUGAUGCCAUUACCUACGGAACGCUGUAUCAGAGGGCUGCAGCUCUGGUUGAUUUGGUCAGUGUUGUCCCUUCUCGUUGAUCGAAGUCGUGGCGAACUUUAUGAUGUUGGAAAUUUCACCUCUCUUUCUUUUCUCUUUUCUUCUGCUUAGUUUUAUGCUAAACCUCAGUGUUAGAGUGAAAUUGUGCGGGAGCAAGCCCGUGACCGUGGAAAAGUGCUCUGUGGUUAAUCGUAUGCCAUAGGCGAUUAACACUUAUUUCUGUUGUUAAUUUCUCUUUGUACGGAGAUCACCAUUGUGGGGGCGGGGAGGCCGGGAGAUACACGUGCCGUAAAUAACUCAUUCGGAAUUAUUACACCGCUUCCUGACUGACGAAUAAAAAAAAACAGUCAAUUUGAAUUAUACACAAUUUCAAAACAAUAUUCAGAAAUGGGUAAUAUUUGACUCCGACACACGACUUGGAACCAGCAGAUUCAUUUUUCCUUGGCUUAAAUUAGCGGUCGACUUCCCUUCCAUUUUUAAUUAAUCUAAAAUUAUUCUUCAUCUGUAAGUUUCUGAGACAUUAAGCACUUUGAUGAUGGCACUGCAUUGAACGAAAAUAUAUCCUUGGGAAAAUCACGUGGUAGAAUUUCAGGUGGAAUAAUUUCUUUAUAUAAAUAGAUCUUUUCAAAGUUUUUACGCAGUAGCUAAUGAUGGUCUUAUCCAGCAGACGAGACAUGGCUGAUUCAUAAAAUGGUCACAUUAGAAUGGUUCUACAUGUGAACAUCUGAUGCUUCUGAAUGAGCGCCUCACCAGUAAAUCAUCAUCAUUAUAGUUUGUGGUUGAAUUCGACGUUGGCUUUGUAAUCAUCUGAAUAAUUGGAAGGAAUUCGCGAACCUUGGACAUCUGUCGAUUUAUUUUAUUCAUUUUUCGUAGGGCCUUAUAUCUUUUAUUUUGACAUUCAUUGAUUAAUCUAAUUUAUCAUACACUUGGCGUGGUGUUUAAAAGUUGAUGAAACUUACUUCAUGAAAAUUCGCAUUGCAGGCUGAAGAUGGUGUUGGCUUGCCUGAGGAAGUUCUUGAAGAUGUUAGGUUUGAAAGAUCAGUAAAGUUCUACUUCUUCUAUAUUCGAUUUGAUCUUUUAUGGUCUCUCAACCUUUUGGCUUUGGUGGUACUGAACUUCAUCGAGGUUAGUUGGCCCAUUGAACUUCAUCAGUAAUUUUUAUUUCCUCUAUAUUUUCAUUUAUCUUGUAAAUGGAUGAAUAUAAAUUAUUUAUCAGUUUAUCCCCUAGUAUCUACUUGGAAAAGAAGGGAACAAAUUUUCUCCACAGAUAUCUUCCUUAAAGUCCGAAAGUGAUCUUUUACAAUCUAAUAACCUUUUUCUCAUUCUUUUCUGCUUUAUAAAUAUCAGAAACCUCUAUGGUGCCCAACCAAUGGGGAGCAUUCUUGCAAGGAUAGAGAAUAUUUUUUCCUUGGAGAGUUGCCGUACCUAACUGUCUUGCAGUCUGUUAUUUAUGAGGUAAGGUCGUUUGGUUCUCACUUUGCGGUCUGUUAUUUAAUGUCACAUGAAGAAUUUUAUCUCUUAUUUUGGAUAUUUACAUUUGAGGUCUUAUACAGAACUAUAUUAGUUUGGGUUCCAUUCUCUUGUGCUCAAGAUAAUGCAUUUUUAUUUGAUAAAAAUUCUAGUUUUAUUUAUAAUAUGAACAACUCACAAUUCUGUAUAAAAAAAUACUCUUAAAGUCAAAAAUGGUCCGUGCAUUCCAUUGCUUUACUCUUCAGAUGAUAGUAUUCUGCACAAAGGCCAUCGUCAUAAAUAGAAUUCAGUUGGUAUUAAUCUCUUUCCGAAUUUUGCUGCAGGGAGUAACUCUUGUCAUACUUAUUGCUCACACAUUAUUUCCAAUCACUUAUGAAGGUUGGAAUCUCUAUUGGAAGAGCAUCUUGAACAUUUUAAAGGUCAUUUCUUUUCAUAUUUAUUUUAGAAUUCUAAUUUUCGUAAGAGACAAAUUUAGGAGUAUAAAAUUAUGAACUUGGAUUAAGCUGAUGUACAACCUGAUCAGUUUCUGCGAGAAAUACAAAGAUAUUUUUUCAUCCUUCACACUGAAAUAACUUCCAGAUUCUAGUUUCAAAGACUUUGUUUUCUCGAUAUUGAUAAUUUGGUGUGCAUAUCUCCACAUGGUUUUGUUCGAUGAUGUGCUUUCGAGAAUGUUUGAUUCUCACAUUUUUCUCACGUAAAUUUUCACUUUACUGGCUUUCGUCAUAAUAUUGGUUUUCGUGAUUUUUUUAUUUCAAUGUGCUGGAUAUUUUUUCAUACUUUUCAGGUUGCAUUUCUGGUUCUUUUGGUGGCCGAUUUGUUGGUGUACGCUUUCUAUUUGUCACCUCUGCCAGUUAGUUAUCUGCCUUUCAGAGUUGCCCCCUACAUCCGCGUUGCAUUCGUUGCUUUAAAUAUCAGGUAUUUUUUCCCUCUAUUAUAUAAUCGAAUCAUUUUUUUAUGUUUUCAAUAGUUAUGAUAUUUCAUACAGUGGGUGAUUCAGUCAGAGUUAUUUUUUUCCUCUGACACUGUAUAUGAAAGAUGAGAAAAUAUGGAGUUCGGAGUUUUUUUUCAUGGAAGUAUAAGAUAUCAAAUACCUACAAGCUCUGGGCUUCACUUGAAAGUGAGCUAUAUGUAAUUUAACCAUCAUUAAGGUCGUAAAGCCACUGUGCUAUUCUUAACCUCAGAAAACAGAAUUUUAUUUUUUUUCCAGAAUCGCAUAUGUUUAUGUGUGUGCAUGGAUAAACAGCUCAUGAGGAUGUCAUAGUUUAAGUGCCCGUGGAUAUUUUAUUUGAAUCGCAUGCAGUGUAGAUGUCCAAUAAGUGACAUCUCCUCUUGUCCGAUAGGCCAUAUAUAAUCUCAUUGGUUACUUGACUUCAUGGUUUGAUUUGUGGUAUAAAAUUCUAGAUAGGUCGCAUGUCCGUCGGCUGUGUAAAUCACUGAUUGCCGCUAAAUUUACAAUUUGCAUGAUAUCUGUUCACUUUUAAGUUUUCCUGCAAUAUUUCUUUUUAGUCAGUUCCUAGCAUAGCUCCCUAUCCUAAGUUCCACAUUUUCAUAAUCAUUUGCGAAAGACUUUAAAUCCAUGAUAUUUGAUGAUGUCUAAAUCUGAAUUAUCUUCAAAUGUACAUGUUCUUCCUCAAUGUACGCCCCACGGAUCUGUACAUUCUCUAUUUUUCCUUUUAAUGAUCACUUGGUGCGUACUUAGAAAAUUGGAAAAAAAGGACCUUUGAAAAGGACCUUUGGUGAUAAGCUAUUGGAGUGCUGAGCAGCACAAAAAGUUUACAAUAACUCAACUUAUCACCAAGGACCAACAUAACUACAGUUGCAGGUCUAUGUGUUAGUAAAACAGGUACCGGCAGCAACAAAUACUCUUAGAAAUGAACCCAUACCAAAAUACACAAGCCCUGGGUUAUAGCGUCAAUUAGAAUAGCGGAUAAAGACAGCCGAACCACUAUGGACCAAUGAUAAUUUAAAAAAAAGAAAAAAAGAAACGCUUGCAUCUGCAUAAUCUAAUAGAUCUUAGUGUGGCAAAUGGCCACUAGAGGAGAACGAGAAGGGUUUCUUAGAAGUUGGACAUGGCUAUAAUAGAAACUAUAACAGUAGAGGAAUGUUUGACGGGGGCAUUUAGAAAUCGUCAUCCUUAUGGGAGACCAUCGAUGACCUAAUGCUUGACAAGGACCUAAUUCUCUAUUACCCUGAAAAAUUUGGAGAUGGAGUAAAGAAGACGAAGGGCAACUUUUACAGUUCUAUCCCUUAAAUGUAUUUUGUGGAAAAACCAAAAUAACUCCCUCUUGUUGCGCACACAGUUUAUUGUGGUGUUUUCCCGAGAGCUGGAUCUUAAUUAGCUAACCUGCGUAAUUGCAGUUUUUAUGUCUAUUCAAACUUGGGGCGAAAAUGGCUAUAAACAUACUAAAUAAUGACUGCAACACACUGUCAUGGUUAUUGGAUCCUUGGAACGUUGGAUCUGAUUUCUGAUAGCAAUUAAAUCUUAACAAGCUAGUUGAAAUUCGAGGUUAUAAAAAUUUAGAUCAGGGUUGUUACCAUAGUCCCAUGAUUAUUUUUCCCCUUUCAUCUAUUUCAGGAGAUAAAAGGAAAAGCAGCAACUCCUGCUUUCGGAAUAACAUCAUUUAUCCUGGUUCUAGAGUCUGAUAUCUGUCUGUGUUGUCUUUCCUUUUGUAAAUUUCCCUUUCUUUUUUUUAGAUUCUCUAUUAUUUAUGAUGAUUCUUUAUUCUAGACUAGUGGCUUAACUGUUUAUUUAUUGCUUGUAUUUUAGAGCAAACCCGUAUAAUGGCUACAUACUUUGCAAUCCAUAAGAAAAGUUCAAUGACGUUUUUUUUUAUAUGAUAUCCCUUAUUUUUAAGAAAUUUUUUUGAUGGCGUAUUUUGUGAAAAAUAUUGAUUUCUUUUAUUCUUUGGCUCAGGGAAUUACGGUCUUGUAUUGUCACACUGGCUGGAAUGAUGGGCAUGUAUCUUAAUGUUUUGGUAAAUUACUAACCUCCAAAAGCUUGAGUUUCUAAAUUUGAAACUCAUGAUGUUCUUCAAGAAAUGCUACUAAAUAUCUGUACGAUUAGCUUCUCAAAAUUUAGUUUAUCCCAGAAAUUAAAUGACUAAUACAGAUUAAUAUUGUCUAGAGCAAAUGCAACGUUAGAACCUGGAAGGCUUUUUUUAUGAAGAUUUCGAAUUUUUCUUUGUGUUUCAGGCUCUUUGGGCUCUGUUUAUUCUAUUCUCCAGCUGGCUUGCAUAUGUGACCUUUGAAGACACCCAACAGGGAAAGAUUAUGUUUACUUCCUUCAGUGAAACCUUAUAUAAUAUGUUUGUACUUUUCACGACAUCAAACAAUCCAGAUGUUUGGAUUCCUGCAUACAAGUAAGCUGGAUUAUCAAGUGAUGUUUUCGGUGUUUAAUUUUCCGUCUCAUGGAAGUACGUGAAUAAUGAAUAAAUAUUCAUUUUAAUGUUUUAAGAUGAUUUAAUGAAGAAGGCAGCAUGACUAUAAAGUAUACAUCAGUAAAUGCCCCAGGAAGAUUCCUCCCAAUAACAAAGUGUGUGGAACGUUGAUAAGAUUUCUGAAGACCUAAAACCAUAUUUGCGUAGUUUCAAUGUCAUAUCAGUAUUUGUUAUCAAUACUGCGAGGAAUUCUUAAUGAUGUUAUCUUUAAUAGUCAUAUGUAAACUUCCAUUGAGAUAGCCAUAUGAUUUUUUUUGCCUUGUCCUUUAUAAAGUCAUGCCUUUGUUUCAUGAUGCGACGGUAAUAGUGUUGACUCAUGCCUUGUACCAUUUAUUAUUCCAAAAAUAUUGGGAAUUUUUCCAGCCCCCUUGCUUGGGAUAAGGGAAUUAAUAAGUGAUUCCAUCAUACGGCCCCUCUCAAUUAUGACUGGUGCAGAGAACAGCAGUUGUUGUUUUCACCCUUGCCACCCUUGCUGUUGUCUCCCUGGCAGUCACCUACGUAGCUGUCUCUUACGCUACAGCUCAGUCCUCACAAAGCCAAGCAUCCUGGUUGUAGCCUUUGGACUGAUGCAACAUCCUAACACCAUAGGUGUCAAACAUAAAGGUGUCAAAAAUUAUACAGUGAUGCAAACCCUAGGAGGGAAUAUUCUAACAAAAUAGAAUGCUUAUUAUUCACAUCAUAGAUGACUGCUAGUUAUAUACAAGGGUCACGAAAUAAGGAAACUAUCUAAAAAAAUAGGAAACUAACCAACUAAGAGCCAAGCUUUAAUGCAGAAAACACUUUAAUUCAGAAAAUGAGAAGCUGCUGAAGUAAUUUCCUUAAAUAUGACUCUUGAUUCCAGUAGACAUCACAAAAAGGCCUUUCCAUUUUAUGUCUUCGCCUUUGACUAUCACAUCCUAGAUUCCAUUGGUAGGUUUUGAAUCUAUUUAAGGAAAAUCAAGUAAACUUAAAUAUAUUUUGCCAAUUAUUCGAGAAAAUGAAUGCUACUCCGCUUUUUUUAUGCUAUGAAAUGCUGAAACACCAUAAAUGCUUCCUCUGCCAGGUGAUCUGAGAUAUCGACAUUCCUUGCAAGUGACAAUCAAUCUUAAUAUAUUCUUUCACUCUUAUAGUCGGAACAGAUACUGAUGGGUGUUGCACAGCAUGUUGUUUGACUUUGGAGUUUGGAUGAAGGAUGAAAUCCUCUUCACCAUAUGGCUGAGAAACCUUGACAUGCAAUUAAUUUUUCCUUUUUCUGUGGAACAAUGAAAUGGAUGUAGAUACUAUUCACUAUCCCAGUUGAAAAUUAGAUAGAUGCAGUCUGGAAUUUAUAUAAAAAGUGUUCAUAGGUCGUAUUUUAUGCCUUUUUUGAGCAUUUUAAAUGUAAACAUUCCACAUAAAAUGGGCUCGGUCUGACUCAUGAUAAUCAUAUGAGUUUGUUCAGCCGUUUCCAUGGAGAUGACUUGGUAACCUAGUAAUUUAUCCCACUUUUACGAAUUGCACAGAGUUACAACAAAUCAGCAAGAUCCAUCGCAAACAUGUACUGUUUUUUCAUCUGAUGAAUCUUUGCGUUAUUUCAUGUGAAAUACUGCGUUAAGGGUGUUUAUAUUCCAAAUUUUAUAAAAAAAUGAAAUUAUGAUUCUAAAAAGACUUUUUUCAUGGAAUAUCGCUGAAAUUUGUUCCAUACAUCAUUGAGCAGGAGUUCUCGCUGGUCUUGCCUAUUUUUCGUUCUGUAUGUGCUGCUCGGGGUGUACUUCGUCACUAAUCUGGUUCUUGCUGUUGUCUAUGAUAGCUUCAAAGCACAGGUUAGAGAUAAUUGAUUUUUCACUUUUCAAUGAUCAAAUUUUUGGCUUUGGACUUUUUUUCUUUAAAUGGGCCUGAUAAACUACCCUAGUUCAAGUUGGGUAUAUGUAUAGUGUCCUGGGAAUUUAUAUCUUAUCUUAAUCAGAUACUCACCAGAAAUUGAAACAAAAGAGGAUAAAUGAGAUUUCUUUCAAGAUAUUUCUUUUGAUCACUGCAUGGUUCCAUAGGAAAUUAGUUAAUGAUAAAUUUUAAUUAGAUGAUAAUUCUCAAUGAAGUUGAAUAGUGGGAUACUAAUUACCUGCUAAUUGCUGAUGAAACAUGCGGGUACUUAGGAGGACACUAGGGCAUAGGAUUUUCCUCUCUUCAUCUCUUCACAGAUCUGUGGCAGAUAACUUAUUUUCAAAGUAUGUUGAGAAGUAUGAGAGUGAUAGCGGGGUACAUCUUUGGUAUAUGCCCUGAACUAUCAUUAUGUAUUUUUUGAUUAUCUUUCUAUUGAAGAUACGUUUGGUUACAAGCUGACAUGUAAAAUAUAUAGAAAUCAAAAUUGUUCGCAUGUUGGUGAACUUUCUAGUCUCAAGCUCCAUCUGUCAUCAGAAUUUUACCCAUUUUGGUCAACGAUAGUUCCAGUUCACCACUCAAGAUAAAUGAGUGCUAAAGAUAGUUUUUACCCUGUUAACUUAUCGCAGCAUCUGUUAAAGGGUCAACAUAACUAGAGUCCUUAUUCAAAGGUUUUACAUAAUUAUGGAGCUAUAUAUUUAUAUUCUCAAGUAUGUUAUGUCAGUAUUCAGCCCUGCGUAUGUUUAGGUGCAGAUUAUCAUAUAAAAAUCAAAACUCACACUUUUGUUCACCAAAUAUCUUAGCCUGUUAAUGUCAUUUAGCACAUGAAAUUUUGUUAAUCCAAGGUUAUAUAAAUUUAAGGCAAAAUGAGUGUUAAACAUAUAUAUAUAUAUAUAUAUUUAAUAUACAUAUACUACCCCAUUUAAUAGCCAUGGUUAAAACUGUAAUCUCCACAUGCCUAAAAAUUAUUGUAAAUAUAUUGCUUUUUGGAAGAGUUAAAAAUGCCUUUGAUAAUUAAGUUGACAUAGUCCAACAAUUUUCCACUACAUGGAAUCAUAGAGGGAGAUAGAGAUUAAAGAGUUAUGCAGAUCAAUGGAAGAUCAGUGUUCCUUAUUUUGGAGCAAUCCAAGUAUUAUGGGAAAAAAUGUUCAGGCACUUUUAUAUGCAUUAUGCCAUAUAAAAGUGUUCUUUACAUGCAAAAUUUGAUGCUUUAUUCAAUUUUUUAAAAUUAAUGUGUUUCAGCAUGUAAAGUAGAUACUCCUUUGAUAGCUACAUUUGUAAAGGUUUCUGAAAUCGUCCAGAAAUUCAAUGAUCUUUAAAUAGUCAUCAUCUCUUUAGACGUAUGCUAGAAAUUCUUUUAUUUAUGUCCUCAGCCUUAGAGGCAACCUUUUGUAGAAUAUUGAGUUUGUCACAUGAUUGGUACAAAAGGGAGGAAGCUGAAAACCUAAUUAUGACUUCUUAAUUGGUGGUUCUACAUAAUUAUCGGCUGCAACACUUAAUUUGACGCUAGUUUGAAAAUGUUAUUCAAUUUAAACACUUUUCAUACAGUCUGAAGUCGAAGGAAUUUCCUGCUGAAAGCUAUUUCUCUCAUAGAGGAAAGGAAGUGAUGUAAAAUUCACAAAUAAAAAUGUUUGAAUGAAGUAUAAGUUAUCAUUUGUUGUUUGUUUUUCAGCUUGCAAAGCAAGUCAUAGAGAUGGAUUCCAUGAGGAUAAGAAUUUUGCGGAAGGCUUUCUCAACAAUUGAUAAAUAUGUGAGCCUCGUCAUUUUUAUCUCUGACUUGUGACAUGUGGUCGUAUUUUCUUCAAGAUUGGGUUUUUAUCCGAAUUCAGUUUUGAUUUGAUGGUUUUGGCAGCUCGAAUAAAUUUCUGUCGUUUGCAUUUUUUACAUUAAAAAUAUAUUAUUUCUUUGAUUUUUCCCCUCCUUAUCAUUGUAUAAUUUUAGACUAUCAUGAUUCAUGAACAUAGUAUACAUGAACUAUUUCUAUUUUCUUUAUUCUAUAUGAAAUAUACAUAGAACAGCAGGUGUAUCCCCAUCAUUUUGUCAUGGGAAUUUGAAUGUGGUGGAACUGUACUAAUAUAUUUCCAUCUACUAAAGACAUUAAACUCAAUGUAGUUUGGCCAGUAUGAAUCUUAUCUGCUUAGUAAUUACUUGGAGAAUAUUUCUAGUGCAUGUUCAUAUUACUGUUUUUGCCUUUGGUAUUGAGACAAAUUGAUUCCUAUAUAGGUGGCAUUAUAUUUUUGACUUGAAAAUACCUAAUUAUUUCUAGAUUCGAAGGAAUAUGUUACGAACCUCCCGUGAUUUGGGCGAAUGUACACCCCAGUCCGACCUUAGACAUGGCUCCAGUCAUGGAAUCAACUCUUCUCUUGUAUUGGAGAACCAGACAGAAGAAUUAACAAUGAAAAUGGAAAGACAAUAGAGGUUCUCAAGCAAUAGGAUGAGUUCCUGAGUUUGGAUUGAUCCUCAUUAACAAGGGAGUCCGAAUUGGACCUCCCUAAGGACAAACCUCCCACUCUACUUUGUUUUUUGGCCCUAGUACAUUAUUCUAUGGUGGUCCCUCCUCAAUAUGGGGUCUAGGUCAUCUUGUGUAGAUGAUAGUUGACUUCGUAACAUUACUUCCCCCCAUGAGUUUCACCUUGUCCACAGCGUGAGAUGUAGGGAAUUGCUGAAGGAAUGUUGGUAUUGUCAUCCAUGACGAUUCAAACUCUAGAAGAUGUUUCCAUGAAACUAAUAUUUCUGCGCUUUGAGGAGUUGACUUGUAAGCUUUUAUUCCAUAUGGAAUUAGUAUCCAUUAUUGAUCUUAUGAUAGUGUCGGGGGAAUUGGCUGGCUUUUUUUGUCCGUUCUGAGUGUCUUCUUGAGCUGGAAUAUAUGGAACACUGGGUGAAUAGUCGAAUGGUCUAACAGUUGGAGUUUAUAUGCCACUGGUUCAAUUCUUUCCAUUAGGAUAUGGACCAAAAUAACAAGGGCUUAACUUCUCGUUUUUCUUUUUCGCUAGAGAUCUCAUCUACCAAAUGACCCACCUCUAAUUCAACUUCUCUAUAAUGCUUGUCUGUAUUAAACUUCAUCCUCACUUGUGCCUUUUGCAAAUUGAAUUUCAGAAUCUUGAUGGUAGGAUCUCGUUUUGAGAGUAGUUGUUCGGUAACAUCAAGGGGUGAAGGAGAUAUCUCAUAUUUGAUAAGUUUUGGGGGGUCCCUGCCAUAUACCACUUGAAAAGGAGUCAUUUUAAUAGAAUAAUGAUAUGAAGUAUUGUAACUAUAUUCUGCCCAAUGAAGCCUUAAUUUUCGUUAUUUUAGCUUAUCAAAUACCACACAUCUCAAGUAAUUUUCUAAGCAUCUAUUGACUACUUCAGUCUGUCCAUAUGUUUGAGGGUGGUAAGAAGAGUCGAGUUUGAGUUCAGUCACCUUGUAGUGUGUGUAGCUCACGCCAAAAUAUACUUGAGAAUAUUCGUCCCCUGUCCAAGACCACUGUCUUUGGAAAUCCAUGGAGUCUUACAAUUUCCUUGAUGAAUAAUUGAGCAACCUCCUUGAUUGAGAAUAGAUGAUGCAGGACAAUAAAAUGACUAUACUUGCUUAAUCUAUCCACUACUAUUAAUAUGGCAUUUGACUCAUAUGAUUUGGGCAAGUCUUCAAUGAAAUCUAUUGAGAGGUCUUCCCAUAUUUGGGUAGGUAUAGGUAAUGGUUGUACAAGUUCAGCUGGUGAUAGUGAAGAAGAUUUACACUGCAAGCAAGUAGGGCAAUUGUUAAUAUAUGCCUUUAUAUCUCUCUUCAUUCUUUGUCAAUAGAACUAUUGUGAAAUUCUAUGAUAUGUCAUUUAGAACCCAGAAUGACCCCCACUGAGCUGUCAUGAAAUAAUUGUAACACUCUGGUAAUUAAAAAAGAAUGUGUUGGAAGAACCAAAUUUUAUUUAUAUAACAAGGAUCCAUCCUUCAAAUAAUAUAAUUCGUUUGCUGUAUCUCCUUUAGACAAGGAAGUUUUAAUCUCUGUAAGCCUAGUGUCUUGGUCCAUGGCUAGUCGGAUAGCUUUAAAAUCAAUGGAGUGCUGUGCUAUUACCUCAAUUAUUUCAUCUCACAGUAAUAAUGGACAUCAAGAUAAUGCAUCUGUGGCCUUAUUAUUUUUCCCUUCCUUAUAUAUAAUUUCAAAACUAUAGCCUAUCAAUUUCACCAACUAUUUAUAAGAUUCAGCAUGAAUUUUCUUUUGUUCAAGUAAGAAUUUAUGAUUGUACUGGUCUGUUUUGAUGAUAAAAUGCUGACACAUAAGAUAAUGUCUCCAUGUCCUUACUGCCAACACUAUGGUCAUCAACUCCCACUCAUAGGCUGAUUUUAAUUUGAUUCUUACUGGAAGUGCUUGAUUGAAAUAAGUUAUGGGGCAGCCUAGCUGCAUGAGAAUGGCCCCAACACUUGAUCCAGAAGCAUUAGUUCUCAUAAUAAAUCCUUGUAAAAAAUUUGGUAAUGCUAAUACUUGAGCUAUAGUCAUUGCUUGUUUAAGGGUAGAGAAAGUGGCUUGUGCUUCUCCUGACCAAUAAAAUGCAUAUUUUCUUAAUAAUUGCAUUAGUGACCAUGCAAUUGAAGCAUAGUUGACAAUAAAUUUUCUCUAAUAUCUAGUGAGCCCUAGGAACCCGUGGAGUUAAGAUUUCUAAGAAUCAGCCAAUUAGUCAUGGCAGAUAUCUUUUCCUUAUCAACUUCUACUCUUGCUGACACCUAGUGGCCCAAAUUCUCUAGUUAUUAAUGCAAUCUUAGGUAGAUCUUCCUUUUUUAUUUUGAUCUCUAAUUUUAAAUCAAGUUUUAAAAAAACUAAUUUCCCAUAUAAUCAUUUAGUAGUUCAUCUACAACUGUAAUGAGGUAUCAGUCAGGAACUAUAGCUCAGUUCAACGCUCAGUAAUCUAUAUAGAACCUUCAUCCACCAUCUUUUUUAUUGACUAAUAAUAUAGGGCUCGCAUAAGGAUUAUGUGAAGGUUGUAUGACUUCUGUUGAUAUGAGUUCUUGGACUAGUGUCUCAAUCUCAUUUUUCUAAAAAUGAGAGUAUUUGUAAGGCUUCAAGUUAAUAGGUUUUAUUCUCGGCAAUAGAUGAAUGGCACGGUCAACAUGGCACUUAGGUGACAUUCCUAUUAAUACUUCAAAAACCUUAGGAAAUUCUUGUUUCGAGCUGAUUUCUAAAUCGUUAGGUGCAUUAGUGUCUCUAUUUGAGUGAAUAUGAUGCAAUUCAACCAUAUAUGCCUUGCUGCUCUUAAGUACCUUAUCUACUCUUCUUAGUGACUUACUAAUUUUUGUAAUAUUAGGGUCCCCUUUAAAAAUAUGAAUUUUGGCUCCCAUCAUGAAUCUCAAUAUGAACUUCUCAUAGUUGGAAAUGAUUCACCCUAAAGUUCUCAACCACUAUAUGUCUAGAAUUACAUCCGUGCCACUCAAUUCUAGUGGUAGGAAAUCAUGUACUAUCAAAACACCUUGUGCAUGCAGAGAAAUAGUCUUGCAAAUUACUGCUCCUGCCAUUGUAUUGUUGUUUCCCAUAACUAUGCUAUAGCCGUUUAACUUCUCCAUUUGUAAGAAGAAGUUGUCAAUUAUUUUGGUGCACAAGAAAUUAUAAGUUGUCCCAUUGUCAAUGAGUAUAGACACUUCAUUGUAAGAAUUACCUUCGUUUCAUGAAUUCGUUGUAGGUCGAACUUGGAAGGAAUUUCUACUUCUGCCUUGCUAAUUUGAUCCCUAUUAGGGUGCGAACAGAAUCUUGCUCCUGUACUCUUGUGCAUGUAAUAAUUGCUCCGACAAAAAGACCAGGAUGUCCUGCUCUGAUACUAGUGUUAUGAACCUCCUGUGAUUUGGGCGAAUGUAUGCCCUAAUUCUACCUUAGACAUGGCUCCACUCAUGGAAUCAACUCUUCUCUUGUAUUGGAGAACCAGACAGAAGAAUUAACAAUGAAAAAUGGAAAGACAAUAGAGGUUCACAAACAAUAGGAUGAGUUCUUGUGGUUGGAUCAAUCUUCAGGAACAGGAGAGCCCGAAUUGGACCUCCCCAAGGACAGAUCUCCCACUCUACUCCUCUGUUUUGUCCCCCCUUCUUAUUUUGGCCUCUUCUAUAUUUAUAGGCCCUAGUACAUUAUUCUAUGGUGGUCCCCCCUCAAUAUGGGGUCUAGGUCGCCUUUUCUAGACAACGGUUGGCUUCGUAACAGAAUACAUGCUAAACAACCACAUAUUUAAAAUGAAGCAUGUAUAUAAAACAUAUCUACUUCAUCCAUCAGGAACCUGCCCAUCAUCUGGUCUCCUUGAUUCUUGUAUUGAUGGAAUUGUUCUCCUCUUCAAUCCCUUAACAUGAAUGGAAAUAUUGGUGAAAAAAAUCUAGUUGGUGUCAUAGAUAUAAGAGAAAUAAUAUUUUUCUUGGAAUCAAAUCAGGUAGGAUUUUUAUUAGAAUAACAGUAUAACAGAAAGCAUAAAUAUAGAUGUUUAUUAAUGAUCUCAUUUCUCAGACAAGUAUUAAAAUAGCCACGAGUAAAGGGAAAACAUAUUAACCAUAACUUCAGGGCAGAGGAUUGUUCAGGUAUACUGUUUGAACCAAAACAUGUCAAUGCUGUCUGUCUUACUAGUGAAAUUUAUGCAUUUAAAAAUAUUUUUCUCCUCGGAAAAUGUUGAAGAACUUCAUUUUCAUGGCACUUGGUCAGAUAGUAAACUUUGAAGUCCUAAAGAUUUGUUCCAAAAAUUGUUCUCUGCUUUUCAUUGAGCCGAUGUUGAUGCAGUAUCAAUACCUCUAACAAUAUUGAAUCUUAUGCCUAAUACUGAAAUGGUUCUUUUUUGGUAUGUGCAUCAGAAUUAUGGAUACCUUAACAAAAACCAGUGCAUAAACCUGUUCGAGGAAUUGAACAAUUACAGGUAAAUUCCUCGCAGUUUUAUCUUUCCAGUGGAUUUCUUGAAACGUCUUCAGGGACCAGAUGCUGUCUUUAUUUUUGGAAGAUUGUGGAUUACCCGUUUGGCAUGUGAAGGCUUUUUAUUUUCUAGUUUUAUUGAAGAUGACAUCAAUCGGAUGUAAUUGACAUAAUUAUUUUACAUAAAGAAUGAAAGGUUGAUGCUUUCAGUGUUCUGAAAGCUUUGGCAACAAAUACAUAACAUUCAAGAGGAAAGUUUAUUCAUGAUAGCUUUUCGUGUAAAUGAUUGUUUUGGAAAUUUUAUAUGCUUUGAGCAAUGACACUUAUGUGGCUGAAAGAUCAACGAACCAUGUAGUUAUUUCAGGUUACCAUUUGGACCUUAGGCUAUUUUGUCGGAUCUCUCUCUUGCUUGAUAAUUGUGCACACUUUAAUGUGAGAUGCCGUAGGCCAGAACCUAGAACAAGAGAAAUGUAGGAAACUAGGACAGGUAGAUAUGGUACACCAUAUUUUGUGGUUUGUUGUUUUAGAUCCUUUGGCAAACCAGCUGCUAGCAUGCAGGUGUCAAUAAAAAAUGUACACAUGAACAAUCGCUCUCCAGUUCUCUUUACCUUUGCUUUUAUGUUUUUUGUGUCUUUCUUCCUCUCUGAUGCUUUAUAUUUCUUCGUCUAUUUCUUUAUAAUGGCUGUUAUGAUGAAACCGCAGAUGUUAUAACCGACUUAUGUGGCUUGGUCAGGAAAAUUGUAGAUUAGUUAUUGCAAAAGAUUUUUAUUUCGGUCCUGAGAAUUAGUCCUUUCCAUGUUUUAUGGUUACCUCUUCGUCAUAUUUUUUUGUUUGAACAUCCUUAUUGGACUAGAGCUUUCCAUGUUGCAACUCUACUUCGUUUUCUUAGCGAUACACAUGUGAAGCAAUGAAUAUCCCGCAUUUGAGUGCAAUAAAAACGACUAAAAAUAAAUUUCCCCAACAUGAUAUACACUCAAUUCUCGAAUUCAAAGUUUCCCCUGGUAACAUGGUGGGGAUUUGAUCAAUUUAGUGAGAGACGCCUCUGGCAAUAUCCACUAAAACCAGGGAUGUCUGUUAAAGGUUUAUUAAUAGCCUUUAUCAUUCCAUAUUAGUCCAACAUAAUAUUCAGCCUAUAUGACACUCUGUUUUUUGUGGGAUUUGAUCCCAAUAACCUUGAUCUCACGCUAUUCCUAAACUUGGCCCAAUAAUGAAAUGUGCUUCUCAGUUGUUUGGUCAAAAUUUCAACUCAGUAAUUGCUGUUUUUAGUCUUAAACAUAUCAAGCUAAAACUCACCGAGCAAGGCGUUAAUAUCGAAUCUUUCUGCGAAUUAAUGUACUCUAGCAGCAGUAAAUUCGUCCAUAGGUUUAAUUCUAAAUGUGGUACAAAGGAUGGAUGACCUACAUGCUUCAUGUCUCUUCAAUGUAUGUUGUAUAAGAUAGCCGUAAGCAUGAAGGUAAAGAAUGCUCACAAAUUUAUAAGUUAUUCUGAUCUUCUGCCAUGAGAUCCUUAAAAUAACAUAUUAGGUUAUUUUAAAAUAAUUUAUAGAUGUGCUACAUUUGAAGCGCAUCUCUUGUUUUUCCAUGAUCAUGAUGUUGUUACAUGGGUCCUUAUAAUUUGACUUAGCAUUUAUUUAACAUGAUUCUCAGAUCUUUGCCCAAGACUUCUAAGGAGGAUUUUGAAUCAAUAUUCAGUGAACUCGAUGACAGCGGAGAUUUUAAGGUAAGAUUUAUUUGAUAAUUAUUUAGUUGCAUCCUCUUUUCUUUUCGAAUUUUUAGAUCAUGCUUGGCAACAACUAUGUCACGGCAUUGUUCUUGGAAAUUUACUUAGCAAAUUGAAAUGCAGUUCUUUUUGAAUUAAUGCUUUUCGUUAAUGAUAUUCAACAGCGCACGUAGUGCUUGAUUUAUAUAUGUUUCAUUAGUAAAAAUGUUUUAGAUGUGAAUAUUGAGGAAGUGAUCUCUACAUGAAUACCUCAAUGCUAUAGUUCGCUCUUCCACUGGGUCUAGCACCGCCCCCCCUUCUCCCUGUCCCCUUCUAACUAAAGUGAUGAGGUUCUCAACCCUUCUAUGCCCGUAGUCUCUAAUACGGGCAUUAAUUUGAAAAAUUAAAUGACUUUUCAAUGUUUCACGUAACGAUUUGAUCCAGGUAUUAAAUUAAGCAUUUUUUUAUUAUUUUCAAUGUCUUCUUAAUUGGGUAAAUCAUGAGGAUAAUAUUUUAAUAAUUUUCUCAUCACAAAAUUUCAAAGUGUUUUUAUUCUAAAAGCUUUACUUGCUCGAACAGAAGUAAGAUGCAAUCACAAUAUGGUACGAGGGACAUUUGUUAACAUAUAUGAUGUGCGCACUUUUCCAAAAAAAAUAUGUUUGUACUCGGUAGUUCUGCUUGAUAAUUAUUAAUUGCAGCCAAAAUAUUUCAAAUCAUUUUUUGCCGGAUAAGUUUUUUUCAUUUAAACGUGUCUUUGUUUAUUGUUUUUUUCUAAGUGCAGAUUAAUGUGGAUGAAUUCACUGACCUGUGCAAUGCGAUUGCCUUAAAAUUCCAAAAGGAAGCUGCAGUAAGUUAUCUUCUUAUGUCCGUGUAGUGGUGACUACUAAAUUUUGUCCUCAUUAAACUUUAUUUCAUUCCAUUUUAGUGGCGACUACAUAUUCUAUUGUGAUCAAUUUUUCCAGCUGCAUUAGUUUGUUGUCUGUGUUAGAUCUAAUAAUUCUAUUACACUUGAACUUUCCGCAGCCUUCAUGGUUCGAGUAUUAUCCAUCUUUUUACCAUUCGCAUACGUGCAAGUGCUUGAAGGAAUUUGUUCGAAGCUCAACAUUUGAAAAUCUUGUGGCCUUUGUCCUUGUACUCAAUUUAGUUGCUGUGAUCAUUGAAACCACGGUAUGACUACUCCGAUGAUGCUAAAUAUUCUCUCAUCUACGGUACUUUUAUUUCUCAUAUGAUUCUAUCUCUUUGAUGUAUAACGAAUUGAGCAUGAGGAAUUCCAUUGACUUUGAGAUUAUACAAUAAAGCCAUUUAUAUGAAUCCCGGUUUUUUGUGCUCAAUGGAGCAUUCUUCUUUUUGAUUUUGAAAAAUCAUCCAUUUAACUAUUUUGGUUUUUCUUUUCUUUUAUAGAGUUCAACAUAGCUUAGUAUUGUGCUAUCGAAUUCUUAGUGCCAAUAGGCAGCCUAGCUUCCAAGCUGCAGCCAAGAUCCAACAAGGCCGGAGAUUAUGUGGAACAGUGCAGAGGCAUCCUCUCUCAUUCGUUCUCUCUUUAUCUUUAUCAAAACUUAUAGUUAACAUACAAUAUUAAUAGAUAUUAGUCAUCUGAAGAAAUUUUAUAGUCUAUCAAAGGAAUCCGCCUUAAAAACUUUUGAGCACACUAAAAAAUCCAUGUAUACUAAAAUUUUCCCCAGUAUACACCGUGAAUAUUUCACCCUAAAACCGACUUAUACUGCUCGUCAUUUGGAAAAUAGUUGGAUAAUCUUUUGGUUCGGUUGGUGUUUUCGUCUAUGCACUUGAAAUUUUAUUUAUGAGAUUUUCACACAAGUAUUUAUAAAUUACCUAGUUUGAAUUUUUUUACAUACAUAUAUUUUUCUAAACUUAUUCUUAUUUAUAAUUUUUAUUAAUAAAUCAUUGAUACCCUUUUCUCUUUAAUUGGUCGCAUAAGUCAGUAAGCAGAUUCAAACUGGAAACAUAUCUCAAUUUCUCAAAUUUAUUGUAUUUUAAAUGGGAACCGUCAAAACGGAAGGGAAAAGAGAGUUACGAUUUUCAGUCUCCUCACCUUUUUAUAUGUCGGAGGAGAGUGGUCAUUACACCAUAACAUCUGAUAUGGGCCGGCUAAAUGAGUCCAAAUUCUAGCUGAUUCUCUAAUAAACUCUCUAACUCAGACAAUCUCAGUUGGCCUCUAAAAAAUUUGCUGAGUAGAAAUGCCUGUAUAGAUUAUGAUUUCUAAAGUCUAACAUGUGAUCCUUGACGACACAGACAAGUUAUAGUACUAAAUUUUAGCAAUGCACUGCUUUUCCUUGUGAAUUGAAUGCUUUCCCAUUCUAAGGUAAAUGUUAUUUUGUACAUACUCUCUGCUUUAUACAGAGAAGAAUACUGUCCGAUACUGGAAGAAAUAAAUGAUACUUUUAUCUUUAGUUUGGAAUUCUUGAAUCGAUAGAAUAGUGUAACUGACAUUUUCUAUCAUGGAUCUCUAGAUUUUUCAUUUUUCAAUUUCAAGAAAGUCAUGUAAUACCGCCCAUUUUUGGUUCUCAACGUUCUUUUCUCAUGAAUCUAAACAACCGUUAUCCACUGCAGCUUGAUAUCCAGAAUAGUUCUGCUCAGAAAAUUUGGCAGGCGGUGGAAUUUGUCUUUGGUAAGUGCUUAAGAUCAAAUAACCCUUUUAAUGUUUAGUUUACAUUGAUCCAACUGCUGCUUCAUGCUAUGGUAGUCGAAUUUCACAAAAAUAAAUCAAUUCACAAAACCUAGGCGGUAUUUAUAAUGGUGACUCAGUCACAAAACUGCAUUUUUCAUGAGCACUUCUCAUCUAGUAAGUGAGAGUCUUCUUCCAGGAUGAUGUUUUUAAUAGUUUUAAUUUAUCUUUUAACUUAUACAAUUAUUGAUACUAAUUUAAUUUAAUGAUAACUAAGUAAUGUCUAAGGAAGGUCGACAAAAAUAUAAUCCUCCAGAAAAAAAAUCUUCUCAUGUUUGUAGUCAACAUUUACUUGACCGUUUCUUAAGAAAGUUCAUCUUCAAAUAUAACUUUUUUGUGCUUAUUUACUCUUUUAUGUAAACAGGACAUUUGAAUAUCUAUUGGAAUUGUUUUCUUUCGUAUAGGUUGGCUCUACAUCUUGGAAGUGGCUCUGAAAAUAUUCACCGAUGGAUUUGGUCGUUACUGGAUGGAAGGACAAAACAGAUUUGAUUUUGUGAUCACAUGGAUAAUCUGUUAAGUUCUUGAAUUAUUCUUAAAUUCUGAUAUUUUACUUUAUUGCAUGGAGUAUGAGUUUUCUCCCUUUUCUUGUAUCAUAUUUGAGUUGGUACUGAGUAGUUUGUCGCACAUAUUUUUCCACUUUAUUUCUGUUCCUUGAUUUUAAAAUAUUCACUAAUACUUGCUUCUGUAAAAUUCGAUGAUUUUCAACGAGGGCCUUGUAUUCUCAAUAUUAUGUUAUUUUAAGAAUGCUAUCAUUUAUUGGAAGGUAAGAAAAUAUCUCUGUGCGAUAUUUCUCUUAUUCUCACUAACUAGAGUACAUGUUAAAGUUUCGAUAGUUAGGAAUUGGGAGCCUGGAGACCAGCUGGAUCAGUUGGCCAUUGGUACCACCCUUCAUAAGUGUGUAGAAGAUUACUCUUUAACAUGUGGCCCCCGUUGUAAACGCAGUAUUGUCCAAUUACGUUGUUAGGUUUUGCUCUAACUAUAGAUACAGAGUUGAUAAACCUACCCCGUUGACACGGUGUCUCCUUCCUGGUGUUCAGUCUACUCUUUUCCUCUUCUUUUUAAUCAACACUUAGGAUGGAAUAUAUUGAUGUUGUAUGGUCAGAUAAAAUAAUACAAAAAAAUGUUGUUUCUUGAAACUUAUGAUUUGGAAAUCUCUGUGACCUCUUAGGAGCUUGCCAGCUCCCUUGCCUUUUGUCGAUGUGAAUGAUGACAUCUUCUAGGCUGUAGAAGAGACGACAGAGAGAGACUCAAAUAAACAUUUAAUGUCUCGUUAUGAAAAACUGACAUAUAGUACAUAAAUGUUUAAGUUGUAUUAAAAACAUUCAGAAAACAGAAACCCCUAAAUGUUAGUUGGUAGGUAGGUCUGCUAGUCCUUUAGACAUUUGUGUUGAUGUUGAUUAGGGAUCGUCAGUAUUCCUAAAAAAAAAUUUGAGGAUCAGAAUAUAAAUCACCAUCAAAAGUUGUUAUACAACAAGUAGAAAAUGUGCUUACACAAGUGCCAACUUCUUGCCUUUAAUACAUGCUUUGAUUGUAGCUUUUAUCAUUGAAAAUAAAAAAAUGAGAAUCGCCUUUCUCUGGGAAGAGAUUAUGGCAUUGUAACCAUGCAUUUCGUAUGUUACAUUUAGAAUCACAUUUAAUGCAUAUUAGUAUAAAUAAAAUGAGUUUAUUAAUUACAAGAAUAAGAGGUCACCGGAUUUAUCAUUGUUCCUAUGUAUUUAUCAAGUGCAUGAUUCUAAUGUCUGACACCGGGUUCCUCUCGUCUUCAGAGUUAAAUUUUCCUUCAUAAAUAAUAGCACAUGCAUAAUUUUUUUUCUUUCGUGGUGUAGUUGUUAGCAUUCUGAUCUGUUUACUUCGCCUUCUGCAGUUAUUGGAGAAACAAUGACAUUCUUCUUUCCACAUAUUUCUUUCCUCUCAAACGGGGAAUGGUAAGUCUCCUCUUUUCUAUUCUUAGUGGGGAUGAAGUAUAUUUUUUUAGAACAUAAUCAAAAUUAGGCUUUUAAGAAUCAAGGAUGAUAAACAGGAAGAUAAAAAAUUAGCCCUCCAACGUCUUUGGCAAACUUUGGAAAAUGUCUAAACACCAUCAAGGUAAUACCUACGGGGGAUAGGAUAAUGUAGUUGUAACUGUUCCAAAUGAUACGUACAUGGUAUGCUUCACACUGAUGGUUUCAGGUGAAUUUUUUGUGGCGUCAAAUUAAAUUUUUUGGACAUGAUAACUAGAAUUCAUGGUACAUACCGAUGGGGGUUUUAUGGAAAAUGAUCAACAUGAAGUGGUUUAUGCAAUAAAGUUAGCAGGAGGGUCUGAAAGAUAAGUAGUAGACCCACACUUCCUCAAAGAGUAUUGUCAUCACCAUUGAAUCAAAAGGGGGAUUGAUGGAGGUGCAUUCUUCGACUAUGGGACGAUUGAAAUAUGACACUUAAAUACGAAUCUGCCAAGUCCACUACUUAGGGGGAAAUAACUUCCGCUAGUAGCCAACAAAACUGCAUUAUGCUGUGGUAUGAAGGAGAUCUAUCAAGUUUAAUUCUUGCUGUGUCGUAAUUUUUUGGGUAUUUGUCAUUUUGAUCUCUUAUAAAUAAUAAAUCAAAAACAGUUUCUCAGACUAAGCGAGUGUUUCCCUGCGACUGUGGCACACGCCCUUUAUUCAAGAGAUAAAAAUUUGAAAGCAAGUAAUCGCACAGUAAAAUUUACAAUGAUUCAACUCCAUCCUCUCCACUAUUUGAGUACUAUUUUCAAUUAACAGAGUGUCCGUUAGAGAUCAAGUGCCACCUCAGCCUUUCGACCCUUAAACUUCGAGUGCUUUCUCAUCUCAUAAAAACUAGCUGGAACCUACACAUAAGUCGCUAGCUGUCCACCAAUAUUGGUGACUAAGUUCAUGCAUUUCCCAAAAUUUCCGAAAAAUUAGAAACAUUUAAUGCAAUAAUAAGCCAAGAUUUUAGUGAUGUUUCCAUGAAUUAGACUUUGGACUACCUGGGAACAAUUGAAAAUAGUGUUGGAUAAGAUUACUGAGUUGAUCUCUUGAUGGUUUGACUGGUUUUUUUUAUGGAUUUUAUAAAAGACAAUUUAUGUCCUAUUUUAUUUUUACGGUUAAUUCCUGCUCAGUUGGACAGUUUGGGUGUUAGAUUAAAUGCAGAGAAGGAUGAGAGGUCCAGUGUCUGGUUGUGAGACUUAAGGUCAAUGAAUGACCAUUGAGUUUUCUUCUUCUCCGAAUUUUCUUUUCCCUCUAUUUUCCUUCAUUAUCUAAUGAAUAAUGCUAGUUUUUAAAAUGAUAUUCCCAUGAAAAAAGAAGGAAACAUGGUUGUUACAAAUUUCUCUGAAGCUCAGCAUUUCAUAGAGAGACAUUACUAAAGGUGAAGGUAAUAGAGGCAGAAAGGAGAAUAACAAUUGGAAUUUCACAGAACGAUGGAAGCAUUGUAAUAUGCUUGGGUUUGAAUUUUCUCGAGUGACCUUAUCUAAUUUUAGCUUUCAGCGUUUAACGUUGGAAGUGAAUCUGAACUCGUGUAAGCUUUCAUCUUAUUACAAACACUAGGGAAAAGCCUCUAUUUUGGGAUCACAUUUCAAUUACUUUAUCAUAUCAUGUUUCCUUUCUGGGAAUACGGACUAAUUAAUUUGUUUUGCGCUCAGCGCCAGAUGAGACAGGAUAAUCACUAGGGCAUGUAUCAUAAAAUGCGUCCUUCUUAUAUAGCAUACAAGAUUUCCUGUUCCAAGUAAAUGGCAAGUGAUACAGAAUUUCAUAAUAAUGCUAAUACUAAACCUCUAUUUAGCCCUCCUGGGAGUCUUACUUCUGUGUUUUAUCAUUUAGGCUGAUACACAUGGAGUGGAUAUUAUUUUUUGCUCAUUGCUGACACACAUGGAGAUUAUUACUUUAUUGCGGAUCAUAAAACAUCUCCUACUAAAAGCAUUCAAGUUUUGUCGUGAUGACUGUUUUUUGUUGGCAACAGGAUCCGUUAUCUUCUUAUUGCAAGAAUGCUGCGUUUAGUAAGGAUUUUAUUGCAUAUCAAACAAUACAGAGGAUUUGUGGCAACAUUCUUGACCCUCAUUCCUAGCUUGAUGCCAUAUCUUGGGAUCAUUUUUUGCGUGUUAUGCAUUUAUUGUUCCCUUGGUGUACAGGUUAGUUAUUUUAACUUCACUGAGUCUGAUCUUUGGUUUAUAACUUGAAAUAAUGCCUUUGUGGGGCUCUUGUCUAACUCAUGGCUUGGUGUUGACCGAUGUAAACUAUGCAAUAUAUGCAAGAGUUACAUUUGGCAAAACUAAUGGUUUCUACUAUUUAAAUUUACGACAAUUCAUCAUCAUGAAAUCAUUAUUUUUAGUUUUUCUCAAUCGUUUUUACUUCCAUGCACUCAAUACUAAGAUACCAAUGGUGAAAAAAAACAAAACAUAUCAAACAUCACUCUUCAUAUGCUUUCCCUAGGUAUAAUUAUGAUUGAAUAAUGCACAUUCUCCCGUGGUGUAUUAAAACGAAUUCUGUAAUGAAAAUUAUGAACCAUUUAUCAUCAUGCAACGUUGACUUCCAAUCCAAGUUAUUUUCCAGAAUAACCUACCCCCCGAAACUUGCUUAUUCUUUUCUUCUUGGUUACUCACAUCAUCAAUCCUUAUGUAAUCCUGGGUGGAUUCAGAGCAAGAAUUUUCCUAUCUUUAUUCUUCAGCCAUUCCGUCAUAGAGGAUGACAUCAGUCAUUUCUCCAGUGAAAUCUGCGUAGAUUAUGCCUGGUGUUUAUGGUAAAAGUCAAAAAACAGUGGUUCACACGUUAUAGUCCAACGCAUCAUCUACAGGUGUAGUAUAAAUAUUUCUAUCAGUACACAACUUCAUUAAUAUGGUUUAAACGUUCUAUGCUCUUCAAUGUAUUUUCACACGAAGCACUGCCUGAUAUGGACCUAAUUAUCCUUUUAAGCAUCAUAAACUUUUCUCUUUUAGAAAAGUUUAUGUUAAGUAGAAUUUAACUUCUAAAUAGUCCUGGAGAAGUGCCUCUUCGAUAAAUUUGUACGUUUGAUCAAUAAUCCAUGAAUUAUUGACCGCUUUUCUUUAGAGCAUUCAAUGGAACCUGAAACUUACGAAUAAUUUAUUUACAUUUUCAGCUCUUUGGUGGCAUUGUUAACUUGGGAAACCCAAACGUGGAGUCAACUAGUCUUUCUGAUGACGAGUAUCCUUUGUUUCAUUGUCCUCGUGUCAGUGAAAUGUGUUGCUUUUUUCAUUUUUCAAGAAAUGAAAUGUGUAGCGUUCUGUCUAAAUACAACCUGCGAAUUUUAGGUUAUCAUGCCAGUUUCCUUAACGCUUUCAGUUACUUACUUUUCAAUUUUAAUGACUACCCAAAUGGAAUGGUGACGCUUUUCAAUCUGCUUGUCAUGGGAAACUGGCAAGUUUGGAUGGAGGUAAUUUAGUGACUGUUGACCUUUUCUCUUUCUAUAAUUUUUGGCGGAACGUAUCAGAUUGGGUACACUUCCAAGAAGUUUCCUCUGAAAUUUUGUUAAUGAAUUUUCCACCUUUUAUGACUGACAUUACCGAUAAUCCACAUCAGAAUUUUUUCCUCAAAUUUAUUUACGUUAACUAGCAUACAUAUUGCCAGAUUUUUAGGGUUUAAGGCUCACUGCAUCAUUUACCCUAUCAGACAGUCCCCCAAAUAGCAUACAUAUUGCCAGACUUUCCUUUUUUGUUAUCAUUUUUUAGAAUUAUUAAUUUAUGUUUCCUUUUAACACAUCCAUCCUUCUGCUUGGGCGUGAUCUCUUUUUUUAUUAUAGACGGAUGAAAUGAAUUCUGAGAGCUUAGGGUUCUUUUGGGUAUGAUGGAAGCCAGAAACCGACGACCAAUCCACUUCGAUCUUCACGGUGGCUUCAGAGGAACGAAGCAGGAGAGGGAGAACGGUUGAAACCCCCAAAAACAAAUGUCAUGUUCACUCGAUUAGGGCAUAUACCGGGCUAGUAUUCACACCAGUCCGUAAAUACAUAACGACGAGGAAGGACAUAAAAUAAGAAAAUACAAUACAUGGAAGAAAAAUAAGAAAAUAAAAUACAUAUCUCGACAGGUUAGUUUGGCCAUUUUUAUCAUAUUUGGCUACUAGGCCAAGGAAGCUGCGAGGUUUACAAGUUUGAAAGGAUACACAAUCAUUCAUUUCUUUGAACCGUUAACUCUGUCAUCACAAUAAAAUGGUAGCAUUUGAUUGCCCAAAGCUGAUCGUUUUCAGAUACGCUAGCAUGUGGCAAUAUCAUCGGUGGUACCUAUCACCAUACGCUUGUGUGAAAUGUUACAGGGUUUACCUGUAUAUUACGAAACAACUACAUACAAACAGAUUUGCUCUAGCAGUAUUCUGGUAUGCAUUUUACCAUUUCAGCUUGGCGAACCAUCCAUUUAUCUAAGCAAAAAUAGCCUCCCAAGUGAAGGAAAAACUGGAUUCACUCAGUGUUGCAUGUAUUUCUUCUUCUUCCAUGUCUGCCACUGGUUGAAAGAGACUUUUUUCAUCAGUUCCCUCUAGGUUACUCUCCUUUUCAUAACAGUACUAGUGGGUUAGGCCAAAUGGGCGUAGCACUAUAGCUUAUAGGAUGGACUACUUCAAGGCUCAUUAACUUGAAGUAUAGUUACGGAAUUUAAGGCUUUAACUCUCUAAUACUCCCCCUCAAGUACGUACAAGCAUAUUUAUAUUGCCCAAAUUGUUACAUAAGAUGGAGAAUCCAAUACAACUUUGUAAUUAAACGCGGUAUAAAGUCUUUGAUGCAGCAUAUGUGGCAUACUUGUUUAUGAAAGACAGAAUUCGAACGUUAACUAUAGCCACUGAAUUAUCAGUGUAUACUCACUGCCUCGUUGCAUUCAAUGCUAAAAAUCUUACAUAAAAGAUUUUAGCGGUAGUUCAUGUCUUGGAUGAGUCGAAACUUACAUGUAAUCUCAGCAUAAAGUACAAUAGCUUGUUUGUUACUCCGCUGAAAAACUAGGCUACCUCCUAUAAAGGUACGAUAGCUUGUGUGAGAAUGGCAUAGUCAAUUUCAAUCCAAACCAGGAUAUUGAAUUGACGAUUCAAAAGGAAUUCCAUUGCUAACUAGGUUUGUUUUUCAUUAGUUAUGGACUACAGUUUUGGAUGACUUGUUUCAAGCAUAAUUUCUGCCUUUUUUUACGUGCCUGGAUGUCAAUAACCAUGAUAAAGGUUGUAUUUUGAGCAACAUCAUCGUAGCCAUACAAAUGAUUAGGUUAUUUUCAGAUCCUAUAGUCAACACUAAACUCGUCAAUUGUGAGAGUUUGUGCCUGCAGUGUAGGAGAAGGCUCAAGGUACAGCCUCCCAAAAUUUUCAUGUCCAGAUGUUUUUUAUUUAUCAAGGAUUUCAGGGUAUUUUAUUUUAAUCUUUAAAUUUUAAAUUUUAAAUUUUAAAUCUAUUGGGAAAUUUUGGGUUGAGUUUAAGUUUGGAUUUUUUUUAAUUUGGCUUUGCCAAAAAUAUCUUUUAUGAAAUGUACACCCUGGCAAGGCUCAAGUUGAAUCAUGUCAACAGGUGAGGCUGUCGCUUCUACGUCUACUAGGAUCAAUUUAAAUACCGAUAGUGUAUAAUUAGCCAAGUGCUUUGUAAACUUCGACAGGAUUAUUACGAGAUAGCAACAUGAAUGCAGAAAUCUUUCAAGAAUGGUGACCGAAUGGUUCGCGUUGUUCGAGGAGGAUCCGAGAAAACCAGUGCUUGUUGGCUCUGGUUUUUUUUGUAAUCCUUUAUCAGUUUGACAAACCUUGCAUGACUUUAGUGCCUCUACUUUCUCCGUCACUGUCCCAUUUAGUUAGAAAGUGCCAAAGGUUAUGUUCAUAAUUCUAUCUGAUAUUUGUGUUAUUUAUCAUGUAAUACUCUGACCUGAUGUAUUUAUUCACUGAAUCUUUAGUAACUAGGUCAUUAACUUGCAUCUCGCUUGUUCCAUUUCAGAGCUACAGGGAUUUGACAGGAACUUCCUGGACUCUGAUAUACUUCGUCAGCUUUUACCUCAUAACAAUAGUGUUACUACUUAAUUUGGUAAGUUUCCAGCCAUCAAAACUUAUAUCUCCAUGCCUCGUUUGGUCUUACUGUUACUAUGUAUUUAAGUUGUCAGUCAACGCAAAAGUAACAGAUAAUUAUGCCAUUUGUGAAGACUGCCUGUUGGUACUUAUCUCUCAUACUUUAGAAUCGAAUCAGCUGUCUAGAACUCCGUGAUAGGAAAUUACACAGAAUUUUACUUAGUGUGAUCUGGAGAAACAGAUCACAAUGCUGUAGCACAAUGCUGCCUGCCACGAACUUAAAAUGAUUCCUUGGCAUCGCAGUUACAUCGCAGUAUAUAUUGUAUUCCUAUUUUUUUAUUUAUAAUGAGAAAUCAGUACACGUUCUGAAAGUAUAUUGCUACUUUAAGAAUAAAUAACUGAUAUGAAACUUAGAAAUAAACUGUAUCCUAUUUUACUUAUUUAUUCCUGCAACUUUAGCCCACGGCGUGGGUUAUUUCUCAAAUGUUUUUUUUUUUUAAUUCCAUAUCAUGCUUCCUGUUAUAAAUUCGUAUAGAUGACGUAUUACAUGUGUAUAUUGCAUAUGCACAAUAGAUAAGCCUAUCUUAACAGUAAUAUUUGACAUUUCUAAUUGAUAAACCACGCAUUAUUCAUGAGUUGGCAUAUGCAUGAGGAAUCACUGAUUACUGGUUAACUUGAGAAAGUCUAUAUUCUGUUCAGCAUUUCACUAACAAUCUCGGGCCACUAUAUAUUUUCUAGGUAAUUGCAUUUGUGUUGGAGGCGUUUUUUGCUGAAAUCGAGCUUGAAAUGGAGAGUGAACCUGAAGAACAUACCGUGAGUAUAGUAAUCCAAAAAAAAUAUUGGAAAAUUAGAACACUAUGCUUUGGUAUCUUGGUAGCACGUAAUACUGUGUUUUAUUAGCUCCUUCCUUUUAAGACAUCUUAUCUCAUCAAUGCCUUUGGAUAUCUCAAACGUGAACUUCCUUCUUCCAGCGCAUGUCAGGAGCCCAAAGGAGGCGUCGGAGUAUCGGGUAUCAAUCAUAUCCAUCAUCCGAGAUUGAACUUUAUCCUGUGUGGGGACACACGAAUACCCAACGAGUGAUCUUCCAUCUUGCAGGAUUAAAUCUAGGAGUCGCACCGUGGAUAUUCUUCUUCACCACAUUCUAAGUGACGAGCUGAAUCAAAGUCAAAGCAUCAAAGAAAGCUCGCCCUGA